GUGAGAAAGCUCGUCUCGUCUUUGUAUUGUAAUACGUAUUUUAUAAUAUUAAUUUCAGGCCUUUUUUGUGCUGGUUUAUAUUGUACUAUAGUGUAGGAUUGGUGUGUAAAAGACGAAAUUUGCAUAGCUGGUGCCUCCCUUCUUAAUCGAAAUAAUGAAUGACAAUGGAUGUUUACAUUUGAGCAAUUUUAAGGCUGCUAAAGGGUCGAGUCCUUAUAAAAUAGUUCACGCAUUUUUCGUCGCAUCAACUUCAUACGAAGCAAGGAGAUAUAAGGCAACAUCAUGCCUAUGCUUCGCUUGCGGGCAGCCGGGACCCCGACUGCACUCUUGUCUGCAUUGCAUAUAUUUUGCAUGUUACGGGGGACACAUCCAAGAGCACUCCAAGAAUAAGAAGCACUUCUUAUAUGUUGAUCUGAGCUAUGGCAAUGUGUUUUGCGCACAGUGCCAAGAUUACAUCUAUGACAGGGAGCUGACAGAGAUCUCCCGAUCUAAUCGGUUGCUCGAAGCAAAGUCUUUAGGAAUCAGUGUGCCAUAUACACCAUGGUUGCCCAACAGCAAUGAAGUGAUGGCGCUGAAACGGCUCAGGAAGCGUCGCCUCAUCAGCCCUCACACCACCAUUGGCCUUCGAGGACUGCAGAACCUUGGCUCCACCUGUUUCAUGAACUGCAUUGUUCAGACAUUAAUACACACCCCCCUUUUAAGGGACUAUUUCCUGGGCGAAAAGCACAAAUGCAAAACGCAGGGAACGGGAAAAUGCCUCGUAUGCGAGGUUUCCAAGCUGUUCCAGGAGUUCUACUCAGGCGCUAAGACACCUCUCACCCUGCACCGGCUGCUGCACUUAAUCUGGACGCACGCGCGGCACCUCGCCGGCUACGAGCAACAAGACGCUCAUGAGUUCUUCAUUGCCACCUUGGACGUACUGCAUAGGCAUUGCAUGAACGGCGUAGACGAAACGGAAAAGAAGGAAAAGGACCGAUGCAACUGCAUCAUAGAUCAAAUUUUCACGGGUGGCUUACAAAGCGACGUCGUGUGCACAUCUUGCUCAGGAGUCUCCACCACCAUAGACCCAUUCUGGGACAUAAGCUUAGACGUCGCCGGCCCGGGCUCCUUACAAGCCUGUUUGGAAAGAUUCACUAGAGCAGAACACUUGGGUUCCGCAGCCAAAAUCAAGUGUUCCAAUUGCAGGGCGUAUAGAGAAUCAACGAAGCAGUUGACGCUUGAAACAUUGCCAAUAGUUGCGAGUUUCCAUCUCAAAAGGUUUGAACACUCAUCGCAAAUCGACAGAAAAAUUUCUGCCUUCGUGUCAUUCCCUGCAGAGUUAGAUAUGACCCCGUUCAUGUCCACUCAUCGCAGAGCCGUGGACGCGGCAGAUAAUAAUAAUGGCCCGGAAGGAUUGUUUGAGGACAAUCGAUACUCGUUGUUCGCUGUCGUGAAUCACCUGGGGUCUUUGGACGCUGGCCACUACACGGCUUACGUAAGGCAGAUGAAGGGAAGCUGGUUCAAAUGCGACGAUCACAUGAUUACGAGGGCUUCGUUGAGAGAAGUUUUGGACAGUGAAGGCUAUCUCCUCUUCUACCACAAGACCGUUCUGGAAUAUGAAUGCGACGUCUCCUAAAUUAAUACCAAAAAUCAAAUGAAUAUACAAUUUUGGUCUUCAUCGUAAUCAUCGUCCUGAGUAUCCGAUCAUUUGAUGUGUAGCGUCAUUAAAUCAACUUUGCUAUUCAGAAUAGUUAAAUGAAUAAUUUAUUAUUAUUCGAUGAUUAUAUUUAGUCGAUAAGUAAUAAAUAUUGAUCCAGUACACUAGCCCAACGUGUACUGGGCCUAAAAUAUGAAUUGAAAUCAGGGUUGUUACGGAUGCAAAAUUUUGACAUCCUCAGAUUCGAAUGCGGAUGGAUUAUUAGAAGUUACAUCCGCGGAUAUGGAUGCGGAUGUACACAAGUACAUUCAUAAAUGAAAAUGAAUUUAAUUUUAAUAUGUUUUAUUUAAUCAAAUUUUGAGAACAAAACUCAAACAAUUUUUAGUCAUACAUAUUUAUAGCCUUACAGAGAAAAAACUUUGUUCAAUAAUUAAAUUUGAAAAUUGGAGAUUUAUUGCAGUAAAACAGCAGCUUUCUCAGCCUCGCGAAUGAAGAUAGUAACCACUUUCUUUACAAGUCGGUACUUAUUGCAAUCCGCAUCCGUAAAAGCUCCGCAUAAUUGAUGCGGAUGCAGAUGUCAGAUUAAUGCGUAUAUUCCGCAUUUGCGGAUGCGGAUGCGAAUAUCCGUAACACCCCUGACUGAAAUGUUUUGCGGUGUGAUAUUAGAGCGUAGACUUUAAGAGGAGUGUAUUCGAAGCGUUCGCCAUUCAAACUAAGUUUGAUUCUAUUUGAAUAUUAACCAAUAUUAAAAACUUAAUGAAAUUUAGAAAAGGUCUAUCUACAAAUUGAAAUUUGUGUCUAUGUACAUCGUUUGAAAACCCGAUUUGGGGUCCAAAGGUGUUAAAUUGGUCCCUUUAGAUGGAGAGAUGACACCAAACAAGUCUCAGGGAGCCGCUGGAUUUAGGCGACCCAAGAGGUCAGACGUGGCGUGUGGAAGUCCUACAAGAGACCUAUGUCUAGCCGUAUGAUGAUGACGAUGAUGAAAUUAAGACUGAGAAUGUAUGGAGCGCGCACCAAAUACACUCCAUUUAAAUAAUGAUUUGUGAAAAUCUUGGAUUGUCGUGCUUACUGGAAUCACGAAUUUGUUAGUUUUAAGUUGUGUUUAAGUAGAUUAGGAAAAAUUGCUCUAAUCACUGAUACAUUGAAAUAUUAUUCUCAACAUUGCAGUGUUUCCCUAUAAGAUAAAAUGUGGUUAUCUAUGUAUACUGAAGGAUGAAUGUACUUUUAAUCAGUAAUUGCAUUGCUAUGCUUUGCGGCCAACAAUAUAACACAGGGUUUAACCAAAACGCUAGCAAAAACGAAGACAGGUGAUGAUUACUAAGACACCAUAAAAAAAACUACGAAAAAAUUUGUUUUUAAAAUCCUGUAUUUUAAAGUUUGCAAUAUAUUUCAAAUAAAACAUCUGCCUGACGCUAGAGGUCAACGAACGUUUCACAAAUAGGUCACUCAAAAUACCGCGUCGUAGGUGGGACAUUGACCCCAGUUUUGCACGCUAUACCUACAAAGAGGGUUUGAAAAAUACUAAAUCACUAAAACUACAAAAUAAGGCAAAUGUUAAGGCAAGUUUUUGUUAGCUUUCUGGUUACACCCUGUGUAAUAUUUGGGUACAUACGUAAUACAAUAUUUGUGUUAGAGUUUGGCUAAUGAAAGAUGACCCUCGACUUUUUUCCAAACUUUUUAGUGGGCAACCCUAAAACGUCGAUUGACGUUAUCCAUUUCUUAUGUAAGUAUGACAAUUUAAUUUUGAUACUUGGUUUAAAUUCGUAAAAGAUAUUAAUAUCAAUUAUGUUUUCUAAAACCAUGUCUCUUAUUAGCACAUAGCUUUUAUUAUAUUACGAUUGUAAGCGAUACGAUAUUACAUCAUUGGUUAUGAUUUCUGAUUUUAACACAAAAAAUGUUUCCUUUGAUAAUAAAACUGGAAGAUGUAUCAGGGACGUCAAAGUGUCUGAGAAUCGAACCCCCAAACCCUUAAUGAGUUUUUAAAAUCGUAGAAGUUUGUAAAACCGGAUAUGUGUGAAAAGAUUUCCUGUAAAUUUACAUU